CUCAUAAAAAGUCACUGUGAUGUCAUCAGGUGAGUCUCCAGGCGUUUGUCCUGAACCUGUCUCACCUGCCCUAACCGUCUCACCUGGCUGCUGCUGCUGCUGAGCGAGUUUCCUGUCGACUCCUGAGGACCAGAGCUGUUGUGAGUCUUUACCGCUUUACUCUCUGUCUUUCUUUUCUCCAUGUUUAUAGAUUUACCUGAACCCUUGCUCACCUUCACCUCACCUUUAAGAUAAGAGCUCACCACAAACAGAUUUCCACCGUCAGACGGUCACGCUCACGCUCUCUGCUUUGCACGAGAAACUCUGUUUACUCUUGGUCUGUUUUCACUGUCACUUAUUUGAGCUGCGGCUCCCAUACAGAGAGGAAACUCUACAAAAACAGAGUGAGGACAAACUCUGCCACCUGUUUGAUUCUGGAAAAAUAAUGUUUCAGUUCUACCAGGAAAAAAGUAAAAAUGGAGUUUCAGUGCUGCCAGGAAAAAGUUCUGAUUUUUAUUAAAAAAAUGUUAAUCAUCAGAAACUUUUGGCUUUAUUAUCAUUUAUUAUCAUUGUCACGCUGUUUUAAGUCAUUGACUGAAUUAAAUGAUGGAUGACAUGACCGCAUCAAAAAGUGAAGCCAAACAUGAGUACCCGCCUCCUCCAUGUUAACUGAUGGAACUCAGGUCUGAUUGUAAAAUAAAGACGAACAUCGAAUUCAUGUUUUUCAAACAUGAUUCCUAAUUUUUGUCCUCUAGUCCAAACGGAGGUCUUUCAAGAUGCAAACGCUGAUCAGCUGACAUACUGGGGGUGAAGCUCGAUGUUAAAACCUGCCUAAACUCUGGACUGCAGAUGAACAGAAAUCCUCUUGAAUCUUCUGAUGUGGUUUCUUUGUCUGCAGGAAACAACAUGGAGUCCGGAAAGGGAGAACAAGAGGACGACAGCAACAGGUCAGAGUUCAUCCAGAGAGCCUGGCACUGGUUCUGGUUGGGUUUGGAAACACUGAUAAUUAAAAAAAUAGAAAUACUGAUGAUUAAAAAAACAAAAAUACUAAUAAUUUAAAAAAAAGAUAAUUAGAAAAAAUAAAAAAUACUAAUACUUAAAAAAAAACUGAAAAAUAAACAUAUAAAAAUACUGAUGAUUAAUAAAAUAGAAAUACUGAUAAUUUGAAAAAUUAAAAAUUCUGAUCAUUAAAAGAUUAAAAAUACUGAUAAUUAAAAAAAAAAAUACUGAUAGUUAAAAAAGUACUGAUAAUUUAAAAAAUGAAAUACUGAUUAUUUAAAAAAAUAAAAUAACUGAUAAUUUAAAAAAUUAAAAAUUCUGAAAAUGAAAAAAAAUAUCAAUAAUUGAAAAAAUACAGAUAAUUAAAAAAUUAAAAUACUAAUAAUUAAAAUACAGACAAUAUAACAAAAUAAAAAAUACUGAUAAUUAAAAAAAAUAAAACUACUGAAAAUUAAAAAAAUACAAAUUAUUAAAAAAAAACAUAAUAAAUCUGAUAAACCACUUUGUUUGAUAUAAUCUCUGACUUUUUCUUUUGUCCUUAAUUCAGCUCCUCUGAUUUAAAGUGAGAUGAUGCUUAGAGAGAUAGACGUCAGUAUCGUCUGCAAACGGAUUAACAUAAACCCACUCAGUUCAAAAUAUUGAUGAAUUAUUGAUCCAUCAUACUGAGGAAUUUAGCAAAACGAAAAGGAUAGGUCCAAAGACGGUACCCUGGGGGACUCCUGGUUUAAUUUUAUGAUCCCGGACCCACAGCACACCACUCAGGACCAAAGUCUGGGUCUGUCGUUUGCUGUGUGACAAAGAUGGGUUGUUUUAGGGGCGUUGACAGACAGUCACUGGGACUGUAUUGGACCUGUUUUUGCAUUCUGGAGAACAGCUGAUGGUACCAGCAGGAACAUGUUUGAUACAGCUGGUCCAGAACCCAGUAGAACCCUCACCUGUUUCAGAGUGUGGUUCCGUCUCAGUGCUCAUGUGUUCCUGUGUUCAGGUCUCCACCAGCAGACGUCUCCAUCACCAACUCAACCAGCAUCACAGAUCCCAUCACCACUGCUGUUACUGGGACCGCCCCAGCUGAUGAUGUCACUACAACCGCCAUCACGAUUCCUGCAGGGUCACCUGAUUAUCAUUCUGGUACUCGCCACAACAGGAAGUGAUCGUGUUGUUACUUUGAGUCUGCGCACUUUCAAACUUUAAAAAUAUUCAGUUUCAUGGAAAAACAUCUGAAACCGAAUCACUGAGAAUAAAUGGUUCCUGACCUAUCAGACCUGACCUAUCACACCUGUCCUAACAAACAUGUCCUAUCACACCUGUCCUAACAAACAUGUCCUACAGACGUCUGACUGUCUGAAAUCUUCUUCUACAGAGGAGGAGGAGGACAGGGGGAAACUCCUGGAAGAAAACUGUGUCACACCUGCAGCAGCAGGAGCAGACAAAACAGGUAGAGUAUUCAGAGUAGACAUUUGUCUUUGUCUCAGGUGUCUCUCUGUCCUCGCUGUUUAACUUUGACCUUUACAUCUGUCUAGAAGAAAAAGACAAAGCUGACGGAGAAGAGGAGGAAAAAGCAUCUUCAGGAGACCAAGAGGAGGAGGAGGGUGAGUCCAUCUUUGAGGCUCUAAUUUCAGGUGAAUGUCUUUGUGUCCUCUUCAUGUCCUCUGAUUGUCCCCCUCCAGGUGGUCCACAGCCGGAGGGAGACUUUGAACCAGGUAACCUGGUUUAUUCUUAUUGAGUUUAACCCUUGUGUACCCUUCUAACUUCUUCUGGCUGUUUUUGUCCACUAACUUUAGCUGCAGUAAAAACAUAUCAGAGAGAUAUUUUAAAACUUUUGUCUCAGAUCUCUUCAUCAAGCUCAAUCCUUAUCAAGACUAUAGAAAAAAAAAUAAUAUCAUGGAUUUUAACCCUUUAAAUGCCAAUUCUAGAGGUGAUGGUUUCCAUUAUAAAAAAUGAUCAGAGGCUGUAUAUUUUUUAAGGGCUAUCACACUUUUGGAUAUGUGAAAUAUUAGUAACAACACUGACUUUGAUGCAUUAUUAUUUUUUGCGCAGCAUCAAAUUUUAAAUUUUACACCCUUUCCUUCUCUUCUGGCUGUUUGUAGCCACUAACUUUAGCUUCUGUAAAAACAUAUCAGAGAGAUGUUAUUUUAUUUUAUUUUUUUCUCAGAUCUCUUCAACAAGCUCAGUCCUGAUAAAAAAUGCAAACAUUUUUUAAAAUAGAUAUUGUUUUUACCCUUUAAAUGCCAUAUUUAGAGGUGAUGUCACUGAUUUGGUGGAGAAAAAAAACACAAAAAAAUGACUGAUUUUUUAUAUAAAAAAUGAUCACCGUCCAUUUUUGAUUUUGCAAAAAUGUUGAAAAAAAUAUUUUGUCAAAUUGAAUUUCCUCACCAAAAAUUAUUUCACUCUCUAAAAAAAAGUGAGUGUUGGUAAAAAAAAAUGGGGAUUUGCACUGAACUGGCCAAAAAAAAGCCACAAGGUGUCACAUGGGUUAAGAUCCGCAGUCUCAGAAACCCAUCCAUGAGUCUCUGGAGAGAGAUCUGGUGUGAUGAUAACAGAUUCGGACAUGAAACUCAAACUCUGUCAUCUCUGUCCCCCUUUAUCAUCAGGGUCCGUGGAGGAGAACUUAGUCCCUGAGCAGAACUUAUCGACACCAACAAGGGAGAGACCGGGUACAACUCCGCACAAAACCUGAUCCGUUUUUCUGUCCAUCAGUGUUGAGCAGUUUGACUCCAAAAACCUUCAACUAACCCACUUUGACUCUUAACGAUUUGUUGUCUGCAGCUCCUCCCACCAGUCUGGCCUUAUCAGGGUCCCGGCCCAGGAAGAAGAAAGUCCUGACGGCUCCAGCUCUGAGUUUGUCUUUAGGUAAAAUCCACAGUCCUGAGAUCUGAUUGGUGUUUGAUGACGAAGACUGCAGUCACAUGAUUCAGAGUCUGACCCCCAAUGACCAUUGCAUCCCGAACGGUUACGAAAAGGUUGUAUCCUCCGAUCGUAGCUGAUCGUAACCAUUCAAGUUAACAUUCCAAUUUCCACCAGCUUCUUUCCGUUCCUCUGCGGAUCAAAAUCAAAAUCUAACCCUCUUUUGGAAAGAACAACUGGACUUACUUCAGGCGAAUAAUAUUUCACACCUAGCAAAUGGGUGGAGACGAACAAGUGAAAGGUUUUUAGACGUCAGUUCACCCCGAUGACACCAUGGAUGAGGAGAUGCUGAUUCUAGAAGUCUAGAAGUAGAUUUCCUCCUCUGGAGGGACACAAUCUACUGCUUAUAUGUCUAUGUGGCUGUCUGUAUAGAGACAACUCGUUAUCACGCGAUUGAACGUGAGUCCGCGAGUUCUUGUGAGUUCUCGUAAUUCCUGCUGUCCGUAAUCCGCCACAAAAUUUGCCUCACAAACGGAUCCGGUAGGAAAUGGCAGACGGCGAAAAUCGCUGCUGUUCUGGAUCAGAGCCGUUUCGGAUGCAGUGAAAAUUGGGGGUGAGUCAUCUGACGGAUUUGUUUUGGCGCCUCAUUCCUCAGUUUAAUGUGAGACGUUUUUUCUGGGUUUUAGUCCAAAAAAGGUCCAAAAGUGUCUCCACCUUCACAACUGACCAUAAAAAAAAAACACAGAACUGAGACACGCCCCCUGAUCAUCUGGGUUCCUGGUCCGGGUCUGUAGUUUCUGAUCGAUUUUGGAUUCAUGUCAGGUUUUCAUUUCCAGGUCGAUCAGAGUCAACGGUUUCAGACGACUUCCCCUCGCCCUUCCUCUCCCCCUCACCUGAUGACGGGGAUGACGACGUUGGGUUGGACUUUGACCUGGACGCCAUAGAAACCCCCUCGGACAGCGAAUCCCUGCACUUUCCCAUCUACGAUCUGGAUCUGGAAGGUGAGAGGUCAAAGGUCAAAAUGUCUGAAGACGAUAAAGGGUUACCUUUAAACCCGUAAAUGAUCUCACAGGUUUGUUUCAUAGACGACCUUCGACGCCUUGGUGUGGCGUCCCAUCGUCACAGAGUUCCCGGUUCAGGUCUGGAGUCCAGGUCUGAUUCUCGGACUGGAUCCAGGUCUGAGAUGGAGCACACUGACCUGGGAGCUCUAGAGCGGGAGGACAUGGUGGACAGCGAGGGCACCAGGUGGCGCUGUUUCUCCACAGGUGAACCGCCGCAGGAGAGCCGGGUCAACAUGAGCGUCCUGGGGCCGUUCCUCAAGGUCCUUUCACACGGAGGUACACCCACUCACCCGGUGACAUCAUCACAGUUACCUCAUGGUGACCUGGAGUUCACGCCCCCUCACCCCCCCUCUUCUGUUGUCACUCAGGUUACUAUGGAGACGGCAUGAACGACAUCAUUGUGUUUUCUUCCUGUUACCUGCCGGAGAAUAGCCUGGAAAAUUACCAGUACGUGAUGGACAACCUGUUCAGGUACGGCUCAGGUGCAGCUAAUUUGGAGGCGUGUCCAAGUUCAGAUGUGGUCCAUCUUCAGGGAUCAUGAACACCAUGUUCUCUGUCUGCAGGUACGUGGUCGGGACUCUGGAGCUGAUGGUCGCAGAAAACUACGUGAUCGUGUAUCUGUGCGCUGGAGGUCAGAAAGACAAACUGCCAGGAAUCAGCUGGCUAAAGGAGUGUUACACCACCAUCGACAGGAGGUACGAAGAAAAACACUCACAUUGUUUGAGAGGGGUCAAAGGUCAAAUAUGUCAGAUCUGAACGUUAAAAUUAACCAGUACCUUAAGUCAGUUUAUUCUGAGUUAGUUUGUUCUGUUAGAACCGAUCCAGACUCUUCAGACCUGUUUUCAUCUCAGAGAGGUCGUUUCUAUUCUGUUUUAAAUGUUUUUAUUUCAUCUUUAUUCUGUUUUUAUUUUGUUUUUAUUCUGUUUUUAUUUUGUUUUUAUGCUUUUUUUCUGUUUUUAUUUUGUUUGUAUUCAGUUUUUAUACUUUUUUCUGUUUUUAUUUAGUUUUUUUUUCUGUUUUUAUGCUUUUAAGUAUGUUUUUAUUUUGUUUUUAUUAUAUUUUUAUAGUUUUAAUUUUUUUUAUUUUGUUUUUAUUCAGUUUUUAUACUUUUUAUUGUUUUUUUAUUUAUAUUUUUGUUUUUAUUCUGUCUUAUCCUGUUUUUAUUCAGUUUUUAUACCUUUAUUCUAUUUUAAUUUAGUUUUUAUUCUGGUUUUAUUCUUUUUUUUUUUUUUUUUGGUAUUUUUUAUUUUGGUCUUUCUUUUGUCUCGGGUGUUAUUUGAGCUUUUGUCCAGCAGGGGGCGUCAGAUCUUCACAGUUUACAGCACAGAUCUCUAUAUUUCUUUAAAACUCAGUUGAACCUGUUUUAACUUUAUUUACUUUAUUUUGAAAGGAUCAACAGUUUGAUCCAUUAGAGUUUAUGUUCCUGUUAAAAUAGUUUAACCUCAAAUCUCAUUUAUUCGUUUAAACUGGAUUGAAAAUAAUUUUGUUAAAAAGUCUGCAGAUGUCGGUCGGCUGCAGGCUCACCUCGACUCGCUCGUUAACAUAUAAAUUAAAUUUUGGACUGUUAAAGCUCUCGGUGUUUACUUUAGAGGUUAACGCUGAUGGACUCUGAGCCACCUGUUCUCCUCUUACCUUUAUACUUAAUAAACCCUUUAGUGUUCAGUGUUUACUGAGGCUGAGGAGGGUUUCCUCUGAGGAAGACAAAUCUUCAGAACAAAAGUCUGUCUCUGUAAACUAUGGAGUCAAAACUUCAAAAUAAAAGCCUGUUUCUGUGAACGAAGUCAAAACUUCAAAAUAAAAGUCUGCCUUUGUAAACUAUAAACCUUCCUCAUGGAUGUUCAUCUGAAGAGCAUCUCAUCUGAUGUGUGUGUGUGUGUGUGUGUGUGUGUGUGUGUGUGUGUGUGUGUGUGUGUGUGUGUGUGUGUGUGUGUGUGUGUGUGUGUGUGUGUUUGCAGGUUGAGGAAGAACCUGAAGGGUUUCUUCGUGGUUCAUCCCACUUGGUACAUUAAAGCUCUCAUCACCAUCAUCAAACCCUUCAUCAGGUUGGCAGACUCCUCCUCCUCUCUCCUCUCCCCUCUUCUCUCAUACUCUCUCCUCCCUUCUCUGCUUCCUCACUCUGAAUCUUCUCUGUUUCCUUCACUGACAGAAUUUACAUCUCAGUCCUUAAAGAAAUGCAAAUCAACAGAAGACAAAGGAGAGUCUCAUCUCCUCUUUCCUAUCUCCUCUCUCUGCUCCUCUUUCCUUUCUUCUCUCUCCUCUCCUCUCCUUCUCUCUCCUCUUCUCUCCUCUCUCCUUCUCUCUCCUCUCUCUUCCCUCCUCUCUCCUGUCUCCUCCUCUCCUGUCCUCUCCUCUCUUCUCCUCUCCUCUCUCCUCUCUCCUGUCUCCUCUCUCCUGUCUCCUCCUCUCCUCUCCUUUCCUUUCUCCUCUCCUCUCUUCCUCUACUCCCUCCUGAUUUUUUCAUCCCGCUGUUUUUUCAGCUCCAAGUUCAGCAGGAAGCUUCAGUUUGUCGACACUCUUCAGGAUCUCUCGAACCACGUCCCUACUGAGAAUGUGCAGAUCCCAGACUGUGUCUCACAGUAAGUGAUCGGUUUGAUCAGUUUGAUUGUUGAUUGAUUGAUUGAUCGGGAUGGUUUUCAGGAUGUCACUUUGGAGAUCAUCUGAUGGUUCUGUUCUCCUCCUCAGGUAUGACCAGAGUCUGUCCAGGUAAGACUCCAGGUUCUGCUGCUGUGGUCGGGUUUCAGUCCUCAGGUCACAGGUGGAGCGUCAGGUUCUGGAUCAGAGACUCUGGUUCUGGAUCAGAGAGUCUGGUUCAGGUUCAGAGAAUCAGAGGAGAAGACAGAAAACUCCUCCUGGGUUUCUCCUGGGUUCCUCAUGGUCCUGCUGCUCUUUUCUACGUUCUGCUUUUAUUUCAGUUCAAUUCCGCCAUGAGCAAACAAGAUCCAGUCCUGUUCCCCAGGUCAGGAUCUUGACCUGCUUCGGAGACAUGACCUCGGUCUGGUUUCAGUCCUGAUCUUGUCUCCACAUGUUUUGAUCUUGUUGGUUAUAAAGUUAUAAUCUUGUUUUCUUAAACUUGAUGCAACAUCACAUCAUGAUCUUGUUCUUCUGUAAAUCUGACAUGCCCCAAAAAGCUGUGAACAGGAUCUCCUCAGAUCCACAUCAUGAAGCAAUAGAAGGAUCUUGAUGGCCGAGUUUAUAGAACUUUUUAAUUUCACUUUUUUCUGCAUGUCUGGAUCUGGACUCUGAACUCGGUCAGUUUGGGUAAAAAAUCUCCUCUUAACUUUUUUUAUUUAUCACUUAAGAACAGGUUUGUUUGACAGAGUAUUAGGGCCACAUUAAGAGAAAAAAAUAAUU